AUGUUUGGAAGGAGGAGAGUUCGCUGGAAUACAGCACUAAUCACAAAGGCGAAAGCCUGGUAUGCUGUGUCUUAUGCCAGUGCAUUUCGAUCUCGCUGCAAAUUUCGCUCUUUUCCAUGGAUCGUUUGGGAUGUAUUGCUUGCUAUUAAGUAUCAGAUUGCACUGAUGUCUAAACAGCCACUAAUGCCGCGACCGCGCCUGAUCAAUCCACUAUCAGUGCAUUUGACUGCAGCACUUGAGAGUUUCUGUGCUUCCAAGCAGGCUGCAUACAACGCAUUUGUUGAGGAACUGUCGUUUGGAUCAAAGCGAUUAGACGCAUUUGUGCAGUAUUCGCAAAAGUACGAAUAUUAA